AACAAUAACAACAGUUGUAAUAAUAACCCCAGGUCUGUGCUCGGCACCCACUGGCACCACAUUGCUGAACCCUGACCCCAGCCCAUGACAGGAGGCUGCUAUAACCCACAGCUUUCCGUGAGGAAGCUGGGCUCGGGGAGGCGUGGCCUGCACAAGGCCACAGGCCUUGGCGUCCCGCUCUUCCUUCUGCCUGGAGUGCUCUUCCCCAGCCCCGCCCGCAGGCAGCCUCCUGUCCCAUCCCAGAUCUCCGCUCACUCGUCGCCUCCUCCAGGAAGCCUUCCCUGACUGUCACUCCACCUCUCCUUGGUGGCAAUGACCACACUUGCAUUUUUCACGUUUCUUUCCUGGGGGGUACGUGUUGGCUGCUGCAGGGUCCCCAGGACCUUGUGCAGGGAGGUGGACUCGGGGGAGGUUUCAUGAGUGAAUGAAGAGCGCAGGAGUGAACGGCAGUUGAGAAGGAGGCCGUGGGCGCUCAGGUCCACCGCACCCCAGGCUGUGCAGGUGGGGAUGUCGGGGGACGAGCAGGGCCGCGUGCCCACCAGCGUCCACCCCACCCCCAGGCCAUCGGGCCUGCGUUCAUGCUCCGGCCCUGACACAGAAGGGGGCCUGGCAGGUGCCCCCACCUCUCCUUCCUCCUCUGUGCAUUGGGAACACAAAGGAUCUCCCCACAGAGGCAUAAAUGGCUGUGUAAUGGCAGCCACAUAGCGGAGCCGCAGGAAAGACCCACGCCCGAGGUCAAGUGCGGAGUCCAGGUGGAGGAUCGUGGGGCUUUGCUCUGGUUGUUCCUCGUAAUGUUUCCAGUGGCUGGGGGGCGGGCACAGCCUGCAGGGGCCAGCGGGGUUCGGCCGGGGCCUCCAGAUUCCCUGUCCCGUGCUCUGAGCCACCCCGCGCUGCACGCCACCUGGCAGGUGCACCCCAGGGCCACCUCGGGCGAUUCUGCCCUCCUCAGCUGCCAGCUCCCGCUUUCGUUGGGGCAGUCAUCCGAAGGACCCCCAGCUGCCUCCACAUCACAGCCGGGAGGGCCAUCAGUCAUCGGCAGCCUGGGCCUCGGAAGGGAGUUGGGUCAUCCCGCUGCACAGAGCCUGUCUCCGUAAUUCAGUUUUAAAGCAUGAAAAAAGGGAGUUGAUGAAAUUCCGCUAUCAGCGCCAAGCCAAUAUGCAAAAUAUCUCACCCCCAAUCAAAUAGCUAUUAUGUUUUCAUUUCCAUUUCGGCGUCCGGCUUAAUGAGCAGGAGACGGAUCGGCUUGCGGGGCGUCUGCUCGCCGUGAUAACUGAGGGGCUUUGGGCAGCGGGGGCCGUACCCAGUGCUGGUGACCACCGUCAUCACCCGUGGACGCCCCCAGACAGGUGCUCGGCCUUGGGCCCAGGCCUCUCCCUCGCGCCGGGCAAUGGGGCCAGUGUCACCCUCACCCCAGGUCAUCGGCAGUGGGGGGAGGCACGGGGCCGCACCUGGAGCAGAGGAGGGCUGUGGCCUCAGCAGUGUCCACGUGGGUGAUGUGUUUGGGGAGUCGGGCUCCUGCCGAGGGCCACAGGCAGGUCAGUCCACGUGGCCGGGCCUCCGUUGACUAAUCUGCGAAGUGGGCAUGACUCGGCCGCACCUCUGGGGUGUCGGAAGGCUCCCAGGCACUCGCCCAUCGUGCCUGGCGUCAGGGCCUGCCUCUUGCUGGCCCUCCACCCCUGGGCUACGAGGUGGGCAGGGGGCUUAAGGGAAGACGUUUGUAGAAGGCUGAGCACGGGGCUCACAUACAGGCAGUGCUUCAUAAUAGCAACGCCCUGCGGGGGCUGGGUGGCAGCAACUGAAGCUGCUGACGGUGGUGUUUCCUGCGCGCUUACUGCGUGCCGGGCGCUGACCGCGGCUCCACACAGGUGAAACCGAGUUUCGUCCUGCGGGGCCGGAGCCGUUGUGCUUUCCGACCACAGGAAGGUGGAGUGACUUGCCUGUAGUCACACAACAAGGACACCGCCUGCCUGGCCGUGGGUUGGCCUGGCUCAGUAGUUGGGGUGUCUGACCAUAAAGGGCCCCACAGGGGUCGAGCAGGGUCCUUCCUAGCCCAGGGCACCCCGGGAAGCAGCUGCGUCUCACCCCAGCCAGUGGAGAAAGCUUCCUCCCAGGUGGAGUGGGGACCCAGGUGCACAGGUGGCCCCGGGGGUGUCGGGGGGGGCUCCAGCAGUGGCUCCGAGGCAGAUGUGGGGCAGGGCUGGGGCAGGAUUCGCAGCGUCACAUCCCGCUGUGGGCCUGGAGCCGUUUGCUGGUUGAUGACUGUCUCCUGUGUUAUCAGAGUGUUAAUUGUGCUGGAAUGAAUUAGCAGCAUUAGGAUAAAUUGCUGAAGCCGGCAGCCUCUUUCACGCUUUGUGCGGAGCGGGUGCCUUUGUUCUCCCAUAAAUGGAGCCGCCAGGAGCUCAGGGCCUCCCUGGGUGGCUGAGGCCCACCUGGGAGGGAGAGGCGUGUGCCCGGCAUCGCCUGGGUGCAGGGCUCUGGUCGCUGCAGUCCCUGAAAGCAGAGGCUUCACACCGGUUCUCCAGAGCCGGCCACUGAGGCCCUGAAGUCCCGGCGUCGGCAGGAGGGACCACAGCUCUGGGGCACCAUCUCCAGCUCUGAAUGAGCCGCAGAAGCACCUGGGCUUCUAGAAAGAGUUAGGCAAGCAGGCCUGCGAGCUGUCCGCCAGGGCAACCGGCAGUGCGGGCUGGGGGCCAGUCCCACGGGCCGGGGAGCCUCUGCUUUUCUGCCCCGGCGUCUGCCAGGGGAGGUCAGGGGGGGUCAGGCCUCCCCCCUGUCCCAGAGGCACGAGUCUGGGGUGUGCCCAGCCCACCGCGGAGCCCACCGUGUGGGCACGUUGAUGAGAGACCGUGAGGCUUAGCCCAGGGCUGGUUCUGUGUGGUCUGAGCCCGGCCUCGGCCACGGGAAGUGACGGAAGGUGAGCGCCUGCGCUCCUGCUAUCAGUACAGCUCUGAGGGGUCCCGGGGAGCCCGGGGCCUGUGGGUCUGUGGGGCCAGAGCUAGAAUCCAGAGGGUGCAGCCGGGCAGGUGUCUGCACAGGAGGAGCUGGGGAAGGUGGUGGGGCAGGGGGCAGCGCUGCCCGGGCGCCUGUCUCGGGCCCCAGGGCCCAGCUGAGACGGGGUGGAGGGGCCUGUGGGGGAUUCACAGAGCAGUGUGAAGCGGGACAGCUGUUUUCCGCCGUUCUCUCCACCCACAGCACUGGCACUGCCCCUCUGACCUCGGGGGCACAGGUUGCCACCCCGGCCUGCACUCGGGGACACGCUGUGGGUCUGGCUUCGCCACCCUCCUAGGUGGUCUGGGGACUCAGUCUGCCUCCCCCCCUGUGCGGAGGGCUCCAUGGGGCACCCCCGGCGUGAGGCUUGAGGGAGGAUUAGUGGGCCGCGGAGGCUGGACUGCAGACGCCGCGCACCCACCUGUGUCCCAUCAGCCAUUUAGCCCUUUAAUCAGGCUGAUGAGCUCUUCCUGUGUGCCAGGCACCGGGGCCCGCCCUCUGCACGUUCCCAGACCUCAGAACCUGAGUGUGGCAGCUUCCUGGAGGAGGGGUCCCAGGCACAGGGGGCAGGUGUGCAGAGCCCCGGGAGAUGUUUACCUGCGGGGGUUGUGGAUGUGCGCCAGGACCCUGGGACCCCGCAGAGGGUGCGCCUGCAUUUCGGCAGCCCCCAGAGGCCCCGCCCAGAAGACGCCAGCGCUGCGCUGCGCUCACGCGUGGAGCGGAGGAGAGGGGAGGGGUCGAGCUGCCCGGGGCCAGCGUCCCGGCAAGAGCGGCCUGUGGGGUCGGCAGAGGCUGCAGGGCAGGUUCCCUCAGAGACAUGGAGGCCAGAGAAGAGGCCCAGACCGCGGACACCAGCCUCCCGGAGCGAGAGGCCACAGCCCUGGAGCCCGAGCCCCCGAGCCCUUCCAGUCCAGAUGCUACUCCUCCACCCCCACCGCUACCACCCGCCCCCACGUCCCCAGGAGGCUCUGAGGAGACGGAGGGUCCGGAGCCGGAGACGAGGCUGGAGGAGGAAGAGGCCAGCAGCCCCUGGAGCGGGCCAGACGAGCUGAAGCUGCUGCUACAGGACGGACAGAGGUGCGUGCGGGCUCGGUGCAGCCUCGCCGAGGGCCUGUCCUGGGGCCCAUUCCGCGGGAGCAUCCAGACCAGAACCUCGUCCCCCGGGCAGGCGGAACCGAGCCCGGCCCUGACCCUGCUGCUGGAGGAUGAGGCCUGCUGGCUGAGGACGCUGCCCCAGGCCCUGACCGAGGCCGAAGCCAACUCGGAGAUCUACAGGAAGGAUGGCGCCCUCUGGUGCAGGCUCACCAGGCCGGUGGCCGCGGGCGGACAGCUGAGCGUACUCCUCGCGGCCGAGCCCCACAGUGCCCCCAGCCAGCCUGUGAAGGAGCCAGUGGAGCCCGAGGGUCUGGCCCCCUCCCCCGCCACCGACAUCCAGCUCCUGCCCCAGCAGGCGGGCAUGGCGUCCAUCCUCGCGACUGCAGUUGUCAACAAAGACGUCUUUCCCUGCAAGGACUGCGGCAUCUGGUACCGCAGCGAGCGGAACCUACAAGCCCACCUCCUGUACUACUGCGCCAGCCGCCAGGGCACCAGCUCCCCCGCUGCGGCCGCCCCCGAUGAGAAGCCCAAGGAGACCCACCCCAACGAGCGGGUCUGCCCCUUCCCCCAGUGCCGCAAAAGCUGCCCCAGCGCCAGCUCCCUGGAGAUCCACAUGCGCAGCCACAGCGGAGAGCGCCCCUUCGUGUGUCUCAUCUGCCUGUCCGCCUUCACCACCAAGGCCAACUGCGAGCGGCACCUCAAGGUGCACACAGACACGCUGACGGGUGUGUGCCACAGCUGCGGCUUCAUCUCCACCACGAGGGACAUCCUCUACAGCCACCUAGUGACCAACCACAUGGUCUGCCAGCCCGGCUCUAAGGUUGAGAUCUACUCAUCAGGGGCUGGGCACCCCACUGCCAAGCUCCCCGCAGCUUCAGGUCUGGCCCAGGCAGGUCCUGCUCCAGGCCUGAAGUGUGGCCCCUGGCGUCUCCCCGCAGACAGUCUGGCCGCCUUCCAGCAGCACACGGCGCUGCACGGCCCCCUGGCCUCUGCAGACCUGGGUCUGGUGCCCGCCCCAUCACCGGGACUGGACAGGAAGGCCCUGGCAGAGACCACCAACGGAGAGACCAGACCGGGCCCCCAGAACGGGGGUGGCGGCGAGCCCCCGGCGACCCCCAGGAGCAUCAAGGUGGAGGCGGCAGAGGAGCCCGAGGCGGAGCCAGGGCCCCCGGCCCUGUCGCGGACGCCAUCACCGCCCAGCGCCGGCCCCAGCCCCGUCCGCGUGAAAGCGGAGCUGUCCAGCCCCACGCCCGGCUCCAGCCCAGGGCCCGGCGCGCUCUUCCUGCCGCAGUUGCCCACGGCGCCGCCUGCCUCCGAGAUCCUGGCCAAAAUGUCCGAGCUGGUGCACAGCCGGCUGCAGGCGGGCGCGGGGGUGGGCGCGCCGGCUGGCCUCUUCACGGGGGCCCCCAAGGGCGCCACGUGCUUCGACUGCGACAUCACCUUCAACAACGUCAACAACUUCUACGUGCACAAGCGCCUCUACUGCUCCGGCCGCCGCCCGCCCGACGACACGCCCCCUGCCCGCCGGCCCAAGGCGGCCCCAGCCCCGCCGCGCGCGCCCCCCGCCCCGCCGCCCGCCGAGGCCGACGAGCAGCGCUCACCGCCGGGCCCCGGGGCGCGCGAGGACGAGGCGGGGGGCGCGGCUACGCCCGAGGCGGAGGCCGAGGCCGAGGCGGGCGGCCGGGGCAGCGAAGGCAGCCCAAGCCCGGGCAGCGGGGCAGACGAGGACGACGACCCCCGCCGGACGCUGUGCGAGGCCUGCAACAUCCGUUUCAGCCGCCACGAGACCUAUACGGUGCACAAGCGGUACUACUGCGCCUCUCGUCACGACCCGCCGCCGCGCCGGCCUGCGCCCGCCGGAACCGCCGCGACCCCCGCGCCCGCUGCGCCGCCCGUGCGCACGCGCAGGCGCCGCAAGCUCUACGAACUGCACGUGGCCGGACCCGCCCCGCCCCCGGUCGGACCCGCCCAGCCCGUCGCGCCAGGCCACGCCCCCACGCCGCCUGCGUCGCCGGCGCCGCGGCCCGGAAGCGGAAACGGAGGCGGAAGCGGAAGCGGUCCAGACCCGGCGGAAGGCCCCAUCGACCUGAGCAAAAAGCCGCGGCGCCAGGCUCCCGCCGCCGCCCCAGGCCCUGCGCCCGGCCUACCGGCCCUGGCCGACUACCACGAGUGCACAGCCUGCCGCGUGAGCUUCCACAGCCUCGAGGCGUACUUGGCGCACAAGAAGUUCUCGUGCCCCUCCGCCCCGCGCCGCCUGCGCGCCGCCCCCGAGGACCCGCCCGCCAUCGUCUGUCCCUACUGCCCCCCGAACGGCGUGGUGCGCGGCGACCUCAUCGAGCACUUCCGCCUGGCGCACGGCCUGCUGCUGGGCAAGCCCACGGCCGGCUCCGGCCCUGGCGCCGAGGCCCGGACGCCUUCGCCCGCCGCCCCCCGCGACGGCCUCAAUGGCCAGGACCCUUGGGAGCCGCCCGCCGGCAGCCCCCGGCCCGGCCCGCCCCCAGCCACGUCCCCCGAGGCCGUGCCGGCACCCCCUUCCCAGUCGGACAAAGGCGUACAGACCCCCAGCCAGGGGACGCCGGCCUCCGUGCCCAACGGCAACCACAGGUACUGUCGCCUGUGCAACAUCAGGUUCAGCAGCCUGUCCACCUUCAUCGCCCACAAGAAGUAUUACUGCUCCUCGCAUGCGGCCGAGCACGUGAAGUGAGCGCCCGGCGCUGCUGCCCUGCAGGGGGACCCGGGACGCUCCAGGCACAGACCUCGUCAGAGAGGCUGCAGCGGGCAGUGCCCGCCUGGACCUUGGCACUUAAUA